CGGUGGGGCCGUUGCCGCAGUGACAGUGCUGGGGGAGUCCGAAGAUGGCGGCGUCGCGUCGCUCUCAGCAUCAUCACCACCAUCAUCAACAACAGCUCCAGCCCGCCCCAGGGGCUUCGGCGCCGCCGCCGCCACCUCCCCCCCCACUCAGCCCCGGCCUGGUCCCGGGGACCACCCCAGCCUCCCCUACGGUGGGUGGCCUGGCCCCCUUCGCCUCCCCGCGGCACGGCCUAGCGCUGCCGGAGGGGGAUGGCAGUCGGGAUCCGCCCGACAGGCCCCGAUCCCCGGACCCUGUUGACAGUACCAGCUGUUGCAGUACCACGAGCACAAUCUGUACCGUCGCCGCCGCUCCCGUGGUCCCGGCUGUUCCUGCCUCAUCUGCUGUCGGGGUCGCUCCCAGCCCAGCCGGCGGUGGCAGUAACAAUUCACCGUCUUCCUCUUCUUCCCCGACUUCUUCCUCAUCUUCCUCUCCAUCCUCCCCCGGAUCGAGCUUGACGGAGAGCCCCGAGGCGGCCGGAGUUAGCACCACAGCAACAUUGGGACCUGGGGCAGCAGGACCUGGGCCAGGGGUCCCAGCAGUGAGCGGGGCCCUCCGGGAACUGUUGGAGGCCUGUCGCAAUGGGGACGUGUCCCGGGUAAAGAGGCUGGUGGACGCAGCAAACGUGAAUGCUAAGGACAUGGCCGGCCGGAAGUCUUCUCCCCUGCACUUCGCUGCAGGUUUUGGAAGGAAGGAUGUGGUAGAACACUUACUGCAGAUGGGUGCUAAUGUCCAUGCUCGUGAUGAUGGCGGUCUCAUCCCGCUUCAUAACGCCUGUUCUUUUGGCCAUGCUGAGGUUGUGAGUCUGUUACUGUGCCAAGGAGCUGAUCCAAAUGCCAGGGAUAACUGGAACUAUACCCCUCUGCAUGAAGCUGCUAUUAAAGGAAAGAUUGAUGUAUGCAUUGUGCUGCUGCAGCACGGAGCUGAUCCAAACAUUCGGAACACUGAUGGGAAAUCAGCCCUGGACCUGGCGGAUCCUUCAGCAAAAGCUGUCCUUACAGGUGAAUACAAGAAAGACGAACUCCUAGAAGCUGCUAGGAGUGGUAAUGAAGAAAAACUAAUGGCUUUACUGACUCCUCUAAAUGUGAAUUGCCAUGCAAGUGAUGGGCGAAAGUCAACUCCUUUACAUCUAGCAGCGGGCUACAACCGAGUUCGGAUCGUUCAGCUUCUUCUCCAGCAUGGUGCUGACGUGCAUGCAAAAGACAAAGGUGGACUUGUUCCUCUCCAUAAUGCAUGUUCAUAUGGACAUUACGAAGUCACAGAACUGCUACUAAAGCAUGGAGCUUGUGUUAAUGCUAUGGAUCUCUGGCAAUUUACCCCACUCCAUGAGGCUGCCUCCAAGAAUCGUGUAGAGGUCUGCUCUUUGUUACUUAGUCACGGUGCCGAUCCCACUUUAGUCAACUGCCAUGGCAAAAGUGCCGUGGAUAUGGCUCCAACGCCUGAGCUCCGGGAAAGAUUGACUUAUGAAUUUAAAGGUCAUUCUUUACUACAAGCAGCCAGAGAAGCAGACCUAGCGAAAGUUAAAAAAACACUUGCUUUGGAAAUCAUUAAUUUCAAACAACCACAGUCUCAUGAAACUGCACUGCACUGUGCUGUGGCCUCCCUGCAUCCCAAACGCAAACAAGUGACAGAAUUGUUACUUAGAAAAGGAGCAAAUGUUAAUGAAAAAAAUAAAGAUUUCAUGACGCCUCUGCACGUUGCAGCAGAAAGGGCCCACAAUGAUGUCAUGGAAGUUCUACAUAAACAUGGAGCAAAGAUGAAUGCACUGGACACCCUUGGUCAGACUGCUUUGCAUAGAGCUGCCCUUGCCGGUCACCUGCAGACCUGCCGCCUGCUACUGAGUUACGGCUCUGAUCCCUCCAUCAUCUCUUUGCAAGGCUUUACAGCAGCACAGAUGGGGAACGAAGCAGUGCAGCAGAUUCUGAGUGAAAGUACACCUAUACGCACUUCUGAUGUUGACUAUCGGCUCUUAGAAGCAUCUAAAGCCGGAGACUUGGAAACUGUGAAGCAACUUUGCAGCCCUCAGAAUGUGAAUUGCAGAGAUUUAGAGGGCCGGCAUUCUACACCCCUACACUUUGCGGCAGGCUAUAACCGUGUGUCUGUCGUGGAGUACCUCCUACACCAUGGUGCCGAUGUCCAUGCCAAAGACAAAGGUGGCUUGGUGCCUCUUCAUAAUGCUUGUUCAUAUGGACACUAUGAAGUAGCUGAGCUCUUGGUAAGGCAUGGGGCUUCUGUCAAUGUGGCAGACUUAUGGAAAUUUACCCCUCUACAUGAAGCAGCAGCUAAAGGAAAAUAUGAAAUCUGCAAGCUCCUUUUAAAACAUGGAGCAGAUCCAACUAAAAAGAACAGAGAUGGAAAUACACCUUUAGAUUUGGUAAAAGAAGGAGACACAGAUAUUCAAGACUUACUGAGAGGAGAUGCUGCUUUGUUGGAUGCUGCCAAGAAGGGCUGCCUGGCAAGAGUGCAGAAGCUCUGUACCCCAGAGAAUAUCAACUGCCGAGACACCCAGGGCAGAAACUCAACCCCUCUGCACUUGGCAGCAGGCUACAAUAACCUGGAAGUAGCUGAAUAUCUUCUAGAGCACGGAGCAGAUGUUAAUGCCCAAGACAAAGGUGGUUUAAUUCCUCUUCACAAUGCAGCGUCCUAUGGGCAUGUGGACAUCGCAGCGUUACUGAUAAAAUAUAACACAUGUGUAAAUGCAACAGACAAGUGGGCAUUUACUCCUCUUCACGAAGCAGCCCAAAAAGGCAGGACACAACUUUGUGCCCUACUCCUGGCACAUGGUGCAGAUCCAACUAUGAAGAACCAAGAAGGCCAGACACCUUUAGAUCUGGCAACGGCUGACGAUAUCAGAGCUUUGCUGAUAGACGCCAUGCCCCCCGAGGCCUUACCUACCUGUUUUAAACCUCAGGCUACUGUAGUGAGUGCCUCUCUGAUCUCACCAGCAUCCACCCCCUCCUGCCUGUCUGCUGCUAGCAGCAUAGAUAACCUCACCGGCCCCUUAGCAGAACUGGCAGUAGGAGGAGCGUCUAACGCUGGGGAUGGCGCAGCAGGCGCAGAAAGGAAGGAAGGAGAAGUUGCUGGUCUUGACAUGAAUAUUAGCCAAUUCCUGAAAAGCCUUGGUCUUGAACACCUUCGGGACAUCUUUGAAACAGAACAGAUUACACUAGAUGUGUUGGCUGAUAUGGGUCAUGAAGAGUUGAAAGAAAUAGGCAUCAAUGCAUACGGACACCGCCAUAAAUUAAUCAAGGGAGUAGAAAGACUCUUAGGUGGACAACAAGGCACCAAUCCUUAUUUGACUUUUCACUGUGUUAAUCAGGGAACUGUUUUGCUGGAUCUUGCUCCAGAAGAUAAAGAAUAUCAGUCAGUAGAAGAAGAGAUGCAAAGUACAAUUCGCGAACACAGAGAUGGUGGUAAUGCUGGUGGCAUCUUCAACAGAUACAAUGUCAUUCGAAUUCAAAAAGUUGUCAACAAGAAGUUGAGAGAACGAUUCUGUCACAGACAGAAGGAAGUGUCUGAGGAGAAUCACAACCACCAUAAUGAGCGCAUGUUAUUUCACGGUUCUCCUUUCAUUAAUGCCAUUAUUCAUAAAGGGUUUGAUGAGCGACAUGCAUAUAUAGGAGGAAUGUUUGGUGCCGGGAUUUAUUUUGCUGAAAACUCCUCUAAAAGCAACCAGUACGUUUACGGAAUUGGGGGAGGAACAGGCUGCCCCGCGCACAAAGACCGGUCGUGUUACAUAUGUCACAGACAAAUGCUUUUCUGUAGAGUGACUCUUGGCAAGUCCUUUCUGCAAUUCAGCACCAUGAAAAUGGCUCACGCCCCACCAGGCCAUCACUCCGUCAUCGGGAGGCCGAGUGUGAAUGGGCUGGCCUAUGCUGAAUAUGUCAUCUACAGAGGAGAGCAGGCAUACCCAGAGUAUCUCAUCACCUACCAGAUCAUGAAGCCGGAAGCUCCUUCACAGACCACGGCAGCCACGGAGCAGAAGACCUAGUGAAUGGCCACUGGUAAAGGCCAGAUUGGAUUUAAACCUGGGACUGGAUGACAGUGGAUUGUUUUCAGCAAAAUCAAUAGUCUAUAAAUCCCUGACAGCCUAGAAAUAAGCUGUUUGUCUUUUAUAAAGCAUUGCGAUAGUGAUGAAUAUAGUAUGAGUAACUGAUACAUACUCAACUGCUACUGUUCCCUUUGAGGAAAUGUUUACAGGGGCGGCCUUUUAACAUAUCUCAGGCUCAUUUUCAUUGUAGUUAUCCAUUGCUAAGACAGGAUUGCUUCAAUCUAGACUUGGAAAAAAAGAAAACAUAACCAGUGCUUUCCCAAAUGUUCACAAUUCACACACUACAUUUGCUUUGCUAUGUAUGGCACGUGUAUAUAGUAAAUAUACACAUAUGACAGGUUCAUUUUUAGUUUUUUCUGAACAUUCGUCAUUCACUUUUUGUUGCUAUCGUUGUUGUUGUUACUUUGAAAAUGAGCCGAGCCUUCUUGAGGAUAUUUUGCACAAAGUCACACUGACUAAAAUCACUAGUGAUGUAACCCAAGCUUCUGGCUGAGCAAGGCUUAGUUUCCACUUUUUUUUUUUUUCCACUGAUUUAUUUUGUAUCUGUACUUCUUAUCAACGUAAACUGAGCUGGAAAGGAAAAACACCACGUUUCAGUUUCCUUUUAUUGAUUGGCCAGUCUUACAAGGGAAAGGCACAAACAUCCACCUGAUUUAGGAGCUCCCAAGUUCAGAGCAGUCGAAGCCAAUGAGAGCCACUCGCACUUUCCGACGCAGGCCUGCCUCCGAGGUGUUCAGGACAGCGCUGGAGGGCCAGGAAGAGCCCAGCCAGCGGGAGGCUUGAGGGAUGCUGUUGUGACGUUCAGAGGGGAGGCCGCCAGGGAGGCCUGUGAAUCCAGGAGAAGCAGCAUUACGACGCGUGAGGGGCCUGCGGUGCGAUAAUAGGACCGCAGAAAAGGACAACGAGGACCCCUCACAGAAAACACGGCUUCUCUUCACUUAACCCGCACCACCAGGAUUGUCGCCCCCCAACGAGCUGCCUUAUUUCCAAAUUCAGCGCAAUUAUUGUACUUCAUUAGAGUCACAAAACAAUUACUUGAUUGUUUCUCUAGUUUAGAAAGCUGGGAUUCAAAUCCUGUUUAGUCACUAGAUAGGCACAGAUGCAAGAACUCUUUUGUUUACUCCAGAUUUGGGGUUUAUUUUGAGUGAGGUGCUUCCGAUAGUUUAUGUAGGUCCCUGGACUACAUUUUUGAACCGUUUUCUCAAACUUCUUAGUAGACAAGGAGAACAAAAAUGGAAACCAAAGCUCUUUCAGUUAUUUUUUAAAUGAAAGUGGAGAAAUAACCAUACUGUUUCUUCCUGAAAUCACUACUUUGUUUUGCUUUUUUUCUCAACAUUUGUCAAGUGCACAUUGUUACUUGUAAAAAAUUAUCCUUUACAGUUCUCACGCUUGCCCUUUUCACCUUAACUGAAUUAAGUGCAUUAACUUACUUACUUUGACAUGCUGUGCGUCUACUCAGCUUCGAAGCAAAAGUAAUAUAAAUGUGAUGGAAAAAAAGGAAAAACAGUGUGACGCAAACUUGCCAUUUCAACUUAAAGUCCUGAAAACUAACUUGCUUGUUUGUUUUUUAAUACAGGCUGAUUAAGCUGUGACCUCAUUUAAUCUCCUGAGGAAAAAUAAAAUGGUUACAUGCAGAGAUUCUAGAAUAGGCUCUUAAAAUAUACAUUUUGCUUUCCUUUUGGCUUGAGUCCAAUGCUAGAACUAGACGUCGGGAGCUAGUUUUGCGUUUUAUAGUGAAUCUUGCAUGGGUCCUCAAAAUUAAAUCAAGAAUUAGCCUCAGUUGUUGCUUCUAUUGAAGUUUUAGUGACCCAAGCUGGGUGUUUGUGUCUUGGCUACUUGUUUCAUAGCACUAGAAUUCCACAAGAAGCUCUCAAGUUUGAUAUCCACUGAGGGCUUUUUUCCUCCCUUCCUUCUUUUUUGCUGUGUGUAACAGUGGGUUGAAGGAAUUGGCAUCUGUGUAGUUUUCAGUAGCUGUGAAAGUGUGUAUCACUUGCCUCCCCAAUUAGAUAUAGUUUAAAAUGGUAAACACAGCUGUGACUUUUAGUUAAGUAAAAGGGUUAAUAUGGUAUAGAUCCCGAAAGCUUUAUAGCUUCAUUAAAAAGAUAAGCCACUACCCAACUGUGGUUAUAUGUUAUUUCCAUCAUACUAACUAGAUUAACGGAUGUGCCAGUUUUAAACUUCAGCCUUACACUUGAGAAGGUGAACUGUGGUUCAGUGUUUAAACUGCCAGUGUUACGUACCUGAUGUUCUGUGUGCCAAGUAAAGGUACCGUGUGUAAGGGGGACAUUUGCUGUGCUUCUUGUCUCGUAAUGAUUCAAGUAUGUAGUGGUUCUUGAAAGAAUGUGUACAUAUUAUUCAUCUGCUGAAGGGAAUGAGUUCAUUGAUGUCUCACAGGAGCCAAAUACAUGUUUCAAAACUUGAAAACCAAAGGUCAUCAUGAGUGCAUUCAAGUUAGCAAAAGUUGAUUGCGUUUGGAAUUUCCACCCAUAGCAGUGUGAAAAACCCUUUGGAACUCAAAAGCAUGGCUUUAAGUUAGGCUAAAAUGCACUUAAUUUCUUGUGUACACGCUGUAGAGAAACACUAGCAAGUGAGGACUUCCCGUGUGGCCUCCCCUGAGUUGCCCCUCUGUUUCCCAAACCAUAUGGAAGAGAGAUUCCGGACGCCUCCACCGGUUCCACCACAGGUCUGACAUCAAAGGGCUUCUAGACCUGAUGGCCCAGUUUGCUAGCUAUUGGCAUCAGUUAAGUGCUCUGGACUGGACACUUUCUCCUUGUACUUGGCCUCCUUCCCUUUUCCCCAGAUUGCUAGCCUGGAAUUAUAAUUAGCUCCAGCAAUUACCUUUGACCCCUCUCACUUUCCUCCUUUCUCCAUCUUGAGUCUUGCAUAUGGCGACCGUACCUCUGUAUCCACUUCGCAGCUAGAACUGGGUGUUAAGCCUCAUGUGUGUGCUCUGCUCAGAAGAUUCUGCCACUUUUGUCAACAAAUGACAGCAUGGAACCCAGAGUUUUAAUUCUAUGCAAAAUAAUAGCAGUACAACCAGGAUUCUUCCUUACCUUUUCCUUCUUGGAAUUUGGAAUCUCUAGCUUUUCAGUAACAUAAGUAGAAUAAACAAUAUUAGGAUGUUUUUGUGCAAUGGCGCCUCGUGCUCAUUUGAACUUGAUGUUAGUGGCUACAGUAAUUUCCCUUUGCUCUCAGAAUAGCAAAGUGCAUUGAUAUAUGCAGAGAAAUGCCUGAAAGUGGCAAAUAAAGUAAUAUAGAUGAAUAUUCUAUUAUUAUAGCCUUUAUACAAAAAAAAUAAAAUUUUGGUGUAUGCUGGAAGACAGCAUUAGAAUACAAUGAGUUGUCUAUGUUUUUCUCUAUUUCAGUAAGUCUCCCAACUGCACAAAGGUUAUUGGCCACUGCUCACCCUCCCUUUUUUUUUUUUUUGAAACAUCUUUAUUGGAGUAUAAUUGCUUUACAAUGUUGUGUUAGUUUCUGCUUUAUAAGAAAGUGAAUCAGCUAUACGUAUACAUAUAUCCCCAUGUCCCCUCCCUCUUGCGUCUCCCUCCCACCCUCCCUAUCCCACCCCUCUAGGUGGUCACACAGCACCCAGCUGAUCUCCCUGUGCUAUGCGGCUGCUUCCCUCUAGCUAUCUGUUUUACGUUUGGUAGUGUAUAUAUGUCCAUGCCACUCUCUCACUUCGUCCCAGCUUGCCCUCCCUUUUAAAACGUGUGCACCUGCUGGAUUUCUGUAAUUGCUUUCAAACAGAGAUGGUAUGUAUUUUUAAGCACCUUUCCCCCAGUGUGUCCAGAUCCCAUUUGUAUGAUAAUCUGUGAUAAACAGCCUUUUUUCUGUGUUUUCUGUUGGGCAGUUAUCUUGCAUAGAGCUAUAGAUUUUAGUCAUUCAGGCAACACUCAAAACUGACAUAAAGAUAGGGUUUCAUGUGUCAGAAAUUUACUUAAAGACUGAAGUUAAACUUCUUUGUUGUCAAAUCAGUGACAGAGAAAUGAAAAGACAGUGAUUGUGAAGAUAAUAUUUGUGCUUUGCCUGGACACGUCUAACAUAUGAAAAGGAAAUGCAUUUAAAAAAAAAAAACCACCCUAAAAAGUGAGGCUUCUUCAGAUACUUUGUGAGUUCUGAAAUUAAUAGACACUCUUUCUUCUUAAGAAAGCCUUAAUUAUGGCGGAAACUUUUUAACCUUUUAUAUCCUAAUAAAUACAGAGUUGUAAUUCCAUUUCUCAGUGUGUGAAAGGUGUCAGCGAGUUGGGUGUAUCUCCAUGUAUCUCACACCUGGUAAGCGUACUUAAGGAGAGUCUGUUUCAUAAGUAAUGCUCCUUGACGUGCAAAGGAGCUGAGAGAAUUGAUCCAUCCCAAUUUCUCUCCACCUGAACUUCCUCAGCUACCAAAUCUUCUGGUUUAGAGAAAUGCUAGAAAGAUUUUGAAACCCAUUGAGUUUUGUGCAUGUGGGGAUUAGCAACAACUCAUAAAGUGAUACCAUGUAGAAUCUGAGUGUUGCACAAGCUGAUUUUUAAUCAUCUUAAAAUAUAAACCACGGUGAUAAGUGAAAAGCAGUAGGAAACUAAAGAUUUUAUAUACUCUCUUAAGACCAAACGUGCUCACGAUGGGACCAGUUUUAAACAUCUGCCAGAGGGUUGUGCCUCCUUUGAAAUAACAUUCACACAGUAGAGAUGAUUGCAUUUUGACUCUUCAUUCUCUCGUGUUUUCUUUUGCAAUUUACACUUUCACAUCUCCACACGCAGCCCACCACCCAUCUUUUCAAACAGAUUUCUCAUGCUCUAGAAUGCAGAGUGUUUGGUUAUUUUUCAUCUGUCUGCCCUUUUUUGCAGGCAGCCCUUGAAGCCCUUUGUUGAUUCCUAGCAUUUGCAGAGAAAUGUAGUUAAACCCUGGUAGGGGGGUGUCCCUCCCACGCUCCCAGGCCCCUCCCAAGGUUCAGGAUGAAAAGCUAGAGGACACAACAGUAAAAAUUAGAAAAGAACCAAAAUCUUUAAGGCUAAUAGCCUAGACCUAGAAGAUGACCUUGACUAUAUAACCAUUGUAUUCAUUACACAGAAUAUUUAAACUCUUCAUGUGCAUAGAAUACCUGCCUCUGCUUUCACUGUGUCAGGCUCACCCUGUCUAUGUGGUAGUAGUAUUUGUCUGAUACCUACAAACUAAAAAGGUACUUUUAUCAACAAGGUUUCUCAAACACAUUACAAAGCCAGCUUCGAGAAAAUCUAGAGUGUUUCUUGGCAACAGCAUUUGGAGUAGUAACUGUAUUUUCUCAUUGUGAUGUUGGUCUGUGUACGUAACCAGUGUAGUGACUCUUUGGUUCAUCAUUGGUGGUGUUUUCAUUUGUAGCCUCUGUGUGACCCACCCGUGGCAGGGGGUUCCAAUCCCCUUUCCUUUUCUUUUUGCAUUUGUCUUUUUGUAGAAUUGCCAGAUAAAAUACAAGACACCCAGUUAAAUUUGAAUUUCAAAUAAACAAUCGUCUCUCUUAAGUAUGGUUCAUGCAUUAUUUGGCAUAUAUUUACUGUAAAAAAAAAAUAUUAUUUAUCUGAAAUUGAAACUUAACUGAACAUCCUAGGGUUUUUUGCUUUGUUUUGUUUUGUUUUACUGAAUCUGGCAACCCUGUCAAUUUGGUUGUGGAAAAUCACUUUCAGCAUGUAAAUUCUUCUAGAUUUCACCAUCUUUCACGUGGAAUGGCACCUUUUUUCCCCGCACCCUCUACUUUCCAAAAGAGGGCAUCAAGGGACUCAACCUGCCUGCAUGGUGGGUUUCUAUUUAAGGCAUCUUUAUGAUUAUGUUUAACCAGUAAUUGUGCUUUGGCUAAAUGUCUAACUUACAGUACUUGUA